AAAAACGUCAUAAUUUUUUUUAGUAGGGGAGGGUGGGGCUCAGUGAAACAAAUCAUAUUUUGCAGCUGGUAGUGGUUUUGUCAAGUGAUGCUUUCUGUGGUGAAAGAAGUAACUACAGUAUAUUGGCUGAUGUAACUAGAUCGGCACUCGGCACUGAUUGAGUUCUGUUGCUAGUGAGAGAAGAUUGUUUGUUUUAAGGUAAGUAAAGUAAAUAAUUUUACCAGUUCUUUUUUCAUCGUAUAAUUAUUCUGGUCACUACUGAUAAUUUUGUAGUAUCAAUCACUCACUAGUACUAUCGCACUAUUGCACCCUCCCCUACACGUAACAAUAAAGCCGUUACUGAAAAAUAUUUGACAUUUUUGAGAAAAAGGUGUAUAAUAUACUUGAUCCGUUUUUUCUUUUUAAUUUCAGAUUACCCAUGGCUAGUGUGGCGAAGAAAAAAUGUCGGCAAUAUUCCAUUGAGUAUCUUGCCCACGGUUUUAUUCCAUCACCACAGGACAGUAAGAUGCCAAUGUGCCUAUUAUGUAUGACUACACUUUCAAAUGAAAGCAUGCGGCCAGGUAAGCUGCGGAAACAUUUGGAGACAAAGUACAAGGACAAGAAGGACAAAUCAGUAGAUUACUUUAAAAAACUGUGUGAUGAUUUCCUAGCAAGGACAACAGUGAAUCAAAUGUUUAGUAAAAGAGCAGGCAAAGUAGACAAAGGUUUGCUUGCAUCCUAUGAGAUUUCCAAGUUAAUUGCAAAAGCUGGCAAGCCACAUAAUAUUGGUGAAUCUUUGAUUUUGCCUGAAGUGUCUGUUGUGAUUUCAACUGUCAUGAAUCAGAGUGCACAUGAAAUUACUGAGGUCACCUCUUUGAGCAACUCAUCAGUAUCGAUGCGCAUUGAUGAAAUGGCAGAUGAUGUGGAAAAACAACUAGUUGCACAAUUGCAAGUGAAGAAGUUUGCCCUGAAAAUUGACGAAUCCACUCUACAUGAUAAUGAAGUCCUUCUGAUGACAUAUGUUAGGUUUUUGUAUGAUAAUCAGCUCAGUGAGGAAAUGCUUUUUGCCCGAAAGCUUACAACAGACACCAAAGGUGAAACAAUUUUUGAACAAGUUGAGACUUAUUUCUAAGAAAACAAUAUUCUACUUGAAAAUAUAACUGCUUGUGCAAUUGAUGGUGCUGCUUCUACGGUAGGUAGAUACAGAAGAUUCAUUGCUAAUUUAAAAAAUGCUGUGUCUAAAGGUUUUUGCAUACACUGCGUGGUGCACCAUCAACAUUUGGUUGCAAAAAAUUUGGGAGGACGUCUGCAUAAUGCCCUUGCAAUUGUAAUAAAGACUGUCAACCUUAUCAAAUCAAAUGCACUUCAAGAUCGUCUUUUCCGACAACUUUGUGAGGAAAAUGAAGAAGAGUUUAAGUGCCUACUGAUGCAUACACAGGUCCAAUGGCUAUCAAAAGGUAAUUGUCUUUGUCGCUUUGUUGCACUUUGGAACAGUAUUGUGUCAUUUCUGAGUGGUAAGCAGUUUGGAGAACAGAUCGUUGCUGCCAAGUGUGAUAUAUUUUACCUAUCCGAUGUAUUUGAAAAGCUGAAUUUGUUGAACAAGCAGUUACAAGGAAAAAACUGUAAUCUUAAAUCUUGCAAAGAGGUUAUUACUGCAUUCCUUGGAAAACUUAAGCUGUUCUGGGUUAAUAUUGGAUGUCAUGAGUUGAUGCAGUUUCCGUCACUGGCCACUGUGGACAUCAAACUGCAAGAUGAUGAUCUUUCUGUGUAUGUGGAGCAUUUGAAGAAUUUGUACAGUGAUAUGCAAGUUCGGUUCAGUGACCUGCUAGAGAUGAACAUUCCAGAUUGAGUGGUGGAUCCAUUUGGGGUAAAUGUGGUUAAUGCUGACAUUACAUUACAAGAAAG